AUGUGUAGCACAGUGACUUACUGUGACCUAGGAAAGGCUUCCAAGGAUGUCUUCAGCAACAGAUAUGACUUUGGUAUGGUCAAAAUAAAUCUGAAAACCAAGUCUUGUAGUGGAGCGGAAUUUUCUACUUCUGGUCAUGCCUACACAGAUACAGGGAAAGCGAUCGAGAACCUAGAGACCAAAUACAAGGUCUGUAACUAUGGAUUUACCUUUGUCCAAAAUUGGAACAUAGACAGUACACUUGGAAUGGAAAUAUCUUGGGAGAAUAAGUUGGUUGACAUGCUGAAGCUGACUCUUAAUAACAUAGUUGUACUGAACACAGGAAAGAAGAGUGAGAAAUUGAAGGCCUCCUUUAGGUGGGAAUGUUUCAGUCUUGGCAGUAGUGUUGACAUAGAUUUUUCUGGACCAACCAUCUAUGGCUGGGCUGUGUUUGCCUUUGAAGGUUGGCUUGCUGGUUAUCAGAUGAGUUUUGAUACAGGCAAAUCCAAACUGUUUCAGAAUAAUGUUGCCUUGGCUUACAAGGAUUCAGAUUUCCAACUGCAUACUCAUGUAAACGAUGUCACUGAACUUGGAGGAUGUAUCUACCAGAAGGUUACUGACAAAGUUGAAACAUCAAUAAACCUUGCAUGGACAGCUGGCAAUAAUACCAGCCAUUUUGGCAUCGCUGCUAAAUACAGGCUGGAUUGUAGAACUUUUCUAUCUGUUAAAGUAAAUAAUGCCAGUCUGAUUGGACUGGGUUAUAUUCAUACCCUUUGACCAGGAGUCAAACUGACCUUAUCCGCUUUAGUUGAUGGAAAGAACUUCAAUGCAGGUGGUCACAAGAUUGGGCUGGGAUUUGAACUAGAAGCUUUAUGUGAUUUUGAGUGAAACAUCAGAUUUUUCCCUGGGUGUGAAGAGAAAUAA